UUUGCCUAUGCAACGCGGCUUGUUCAUCUAUAUCAACUCAGCACCACCUACUACAGUUCAAAACUUGAACCUCCACUUCUAAAUCCAGCAAGAAACUUAACCAGCAGAGAGAUUGAUAAAAAAAAAAUCUGCCGAAAUGCCUUACUCAUUGUUUUCAAGCCAAGCUACUGUUUCCCUCAUUUCUUUCUUUGGCAUCCUUUGUUUGUCUACCUCAGGAGAGGCACAUGGAAACGAGACUGAUAAACUAGCCCUUCUCAGUUUCAAAGCUCAAAUAACUGAUGAUCCACUUGAGCUUUUGCAGUCAUGGAAUGCUACGUCUCAUUUCUGUGACUGGCGUGGUGUUACAUGUGGUAAUCGCCAUCAGCGAGUUGUCAAGUUAGAGCUAUAUUCCUUGAAGCUUUCGGGUUCUCUACCACAUCAUAUAGGAAAUUUGAGCUUUUUAAGAGUAUUAGAUCUUCAUAAUAAUAGCCUGAGCGGAGAAAUCCCUUCAGAAAUUGGAUAUCUGCGUAGACUACAAGUACUAAAUCUGCGCAAUAACUCUAUUGUUGGCAAAAUACCUGCCAAUAUCUCUAGUUGCUCUAGUCUUCUUCAUUUCAAUGUGGGGGGGAACAGACUGAUGGGAGAUAUCCCAAGUGCACUUGGAAAAUUGUCGAAGCUUGUAUUCUUUGGUGUUGAUCGCAACACACUGACAGGAAGUAUCCCUUCUUCUUUUGGGAACUUGUCAUCUCUUCAGGUGUUGGCUAUACAUGUAAAUAAAAUGAAUGGGAACAUUCCUGAUGAGCUUGGCAGGUUGACAAAUGUCUUAGAUUUUAUCGUGCAUACCAAUAAUUUUUCUGGAGCUAUUCCACCUCCAAUAUUUAAUCUUUCUUCUCUUGUGCGUAUGGACCUGAGCGUAAACAACUUUCGAGGGAAUCUUCCAUCCAACAUGGGCAUCAGUCUUCCUAACCUUCAAUUUUUCUCCGUACUAAUGAACUACGAAUUUACAGGGCCUAUUCCAAUUUCAAUAUCCAAUGCUUCCAAUUUGCUAUAUUUUAACCUUGCUGGAAACAAAUUUACAGGAGAAGUACCCACCUUGGAAAACUUGCACGAACUUGAGGCUUUGUCCCUCACCUCAAAUCAUCUUGGAAGUGCAGGUACCAAUGACUUAAGCUUUCUCUGUACAUUGACAAAUGGCACCAAUUUCCGCCGCUUGGCAAUAAAUUUGAACAACUUUGGCGGUGAUUUACCUGGAUGCAUCGGCAACUUCUCAACUAGACUUCGACUAUUGUCAAUGUCUGAUAACAUGAUAUCUGGAAGCAUGCCAGCUGAGAUUGGUAAUCUUGUUAGUCUAGACGUUUUUGACAUGGGGAAUAAUCAAUUCUCAGGUAGCCUCCCUCCCAGUAUUACAAAGCUCCAGCAACUAAAGGUAUUAUAUUUACAGGCAAAUAAAUUUUCAGGGGAGAUACCUCAUUAUUUAGGUAAUUUAACAUUGCUGACGGAAUUGAUGUUAAAUGACAACAGUUUUCGUGGUAUGAUCCCCUUAAGCUUGGGUAGAUGCCAAAAUUUGUUAUUGCUUGAUCUCGCCAAUAAUAAUUUGAAUGGCAGUAUACCUCCAGAACUUUUCGAUCUAUCUUCCUUGUCAGCUUAUCUUCGCUUGUCACACAAUCAUUUGGUUGGUGCUCUUUCUGAAAAGGUUCAGAAUUUGAACAACCUUGGUGUGUUAUAUGUUGAUCAUAAUUUUCUAUCUGGGGAAAUCCCAAGCAGUCUCGGAAGUUGUAUCAGAUUGGAAAGAUUAAACAUGCGAGACAAUUCCUUCAAAGGAUCCAUUCCUUCAUCUCUGAGUGCACUGAGGGGUCUUCAAGUUGUUGAUCUUUCUCACAAUAAUUUAUCUGGCCAAAUUCCUGAAUUCUUGGGUAGUUUUCCUUUUCUGCAAAGUUUAAAUUUAUCUUUCAAUGACUUUGAAGGCUUAGUGCCAACAGAAGGAGUUUUCAAGAAUGCAAGUUCUACCUCAGUUAUGGGAAACAACAAGCUCUGUGGAGGCGUAAGUGAUUUCCAUUUGCUUGCCUGCAACAUCAGAAGUUCUACGAAUAGAAGAUUAAAGCUUAAAGCAAUAAUUGCUUCUGUUGCAGUUCUUUUGGGAGCACUUUUGAUGUUAUCUUUCCUAUUGAUUCUUAGAUCAAGAAAGAAAAGUCAGGCACCUGCAUUAUCUUCAGAAAUUCCACUUCUGAGAGUGUCUUACCAAAAUCUUCAUGAUGCCACAAAAGGCUUCUCCUCUUCGAACUUAAUCAAUGUUGGUGGCUUUGGAUCAGUAUAUCAAGGAGUUCUUGGUGAAAGUGGACAACUCGUUGCUGUUAAGGUGCUUAACGUGCAGCAUCAAACAGCAGCUAAGAGCUUCAUGGUUGAAUGUGAAGUCUUGAAAAGCAUAAGACACCGAAAUCUUGUGAAGGUGCUAACAGCAUGUUCAAGUAUUGAUUAUCAAGGGAAUGAUUUCAAGGCGCUGGUUUAUGAAUUCAUGGUUAAUGGGAGCCUAGAAGAGUGGUUGCAUCCUGUUGUAGUAGAUGGAAGUGAUGAGCCACCAAAGAAGUUAGAUCUUCUUCAAAGACUAAACAUUGCCAUUGAUAUUGCUUCUGCACUGGAGUAUCUCCAAAAUCAUUGUGAAACUACAAUAGUUCACUGUGACCUGAAGCCGAGCAACGUUCUUCUUGAUGCUGAACUGACUGGGCAUGUCAGUGACUUUGGGAUAGCAAAAUUCCUUCUAAAGGACAACAAUAAUCGUUCUACCAAUCUUUCAAGCUCCGUUCAAUUAAGAGGAACUAUUGGUUAUGCUCCUCCAGAAUAUGGAAUGGGAGGUCAGGUGUCAAUAUUUGGUGACAUAUAUAGCUAUGGAAUUCUCUUAUUGGAGAUGUUCACAGGGAAGAGGCCUACUAAUGACAUGUUUAAAGAGGGUUUAAAUCUUCACAAAUUUGCCAAAUCGGCUUUGCCAGAUGGAGUGGCUGAGAUUUUAGAUCCAGUAUUGCUUCAGGAAAGCGGUGAAAUAGAUUCCAGAAGCAUAAGAACAAAGAAGAUUAUGGAUUGUUUGAUUUCAAUCGUUGAUAUUGGAGUUAGUUGUUCUGCUGAAUUGCCAGGAGAUCGGGUGUGCACAAGUGAUGUUGCCUUGAAGCUCUCUUCUAUCAGAAGCAAGCUUCUGUAAGGUGCAGGCAUACAGGUGGACGGAGUUGAGGACCAAUCCUGAAAUUGCUAGUUGGUUGGCUUGUCAAGCGUACAAUCCUGCAGCAUAGAGUUUGUUGUGUCUAGUUGCAUUAAUACUUGAUUUUCUGGCUGUAUCUUCCACUUUAAAUCUCUUGUAGGCCACGAAAGUUAAAUAUAAGUGCAGUAUAUCAAUGAUUCUUUGCAAGUUAUGGUACAUACAGUCAUAUGCUGGGAUCAGCACUGUUCUCAUAGAAUCCUUUGUUUGAAAUUUCUUUUGCUGAUAAAU